CAUAUUUCAUCCCGUCCACUAGAGCCCACAGAGCAACUUUUUCCGGUUAUUUUUUUAACCAAAUUUUGGUCACAGCAAGGUACGUUAUCAAAUUAUUCCUGCAAAGUUUUUCAGUCACACUUUAAGUACUAGUUAGCAUGCAUGUGCUUACUACUGUAAGGUAAUAACUCAAAGUAUGGGCUUUAAGUUUUUCUCAACACGUCCGAAGUGAAAGUUCUUGCUUUUUGUUCUUCAGGAGGAGAUGAAAGUGUUGCGUUUAUCUUUACUGCUAUUCAUACUGCAACUGACCGUUUGGCAAGGAAAGAGUGCGUUUUUUGAUGAAGGUGGUAAAAAGAAAUCAAGCUGGAAAGAAAAGUUGAAGGAAUCGAAAAUGGGGAAAUGGGCCGCAAAAGCCGGCAACAAACUUGGCCUGGCGUUGGGCGUAAAACUGAAACGUAAGUUAAGUUGAAAAACUGUUAAAACAUAUUUAAUAAUUAAAAUAACAACAUGGAAGAAUUUAUAUGAAUUGCCAGAUUUUGCUCCAAAGGAAAUUGGAAAAUAAUUACGUGAUAUUGGAAAUACACCAACAAUGAUCUCAAAAAUAAUAUUUGGACAGAGGCGUUGUGUCCACCCUUGCAAUUCUUCGGGUUUAACAAUACAAGGACGUUCUAUAUUUAAUCUUGGAAGUUUAAUCUGCACUCUAAAAAAUUGAUGCAAAGCUGCCAAAAUUUGGCCUGUUAAAGUUGAAAGAUAAAAAAAAUCAAAACAAACAAAGAAAAGAAAACAAAGAAGCUCUGCCAAGAUAAAAAGAGGAGGAAAAAAAGCAGUUGGAAAAAAUCAAGAAAAGACAUAGCUUUUUUACGCAUUUAACAAAAGAUUCUUGCGACUAUACAAUUGUGUGGUGUUUUGUAUAGGAAGAUUAGCGGACGAUCCCCCACCCGUGAGGUUCAAUAUCAAGGGAACUGCCAUUUUAAAGAAUGGGAACCUUAAUUUCGAGUUGGCCGGCGAGAAAAUUCGACCUGGCCAAUCAGGACCGUCAAAUCCUAACUUUAAAGCUGGUUCUUCAUUAUCAACAGCUACACCCACAAAGGGAUCGACCACACCAACUAGUCCAACGACGGGCACUGGUCAAACGACUGGUACUGGUCCAACGACUGGUACAGGUCCAACGACUGGCACUGGUCCAAAGACUGGCACUAGUCCAACAACUGGCACUGGUCCAAAGACUGGCACUAUUCCAUCAACUGGCACUGGUAAAACCACUGGCACGGGUAAAAUUACUGGCACAGGUUCAACAACUGGCACUGGCAAAACCACUGGCACUGGUAAAACUACUGGCACAAGUCCAACAACUGGCACCGGUAAAACGACUGGCACUGGUCCAAAGAUUGGCACUAGUCCAACAACUGGCACCGGUCCAAAGACUGGCACUAGUCCAACAACUGGCACUGGUCCGAAGACUGGCACUAGUCCAACAACUGGCACUGGUCCAAAGUCUGGCACUACUUCAACAACCGGCACUGCUAAAACCACUGGCACUGGUCCAAAGACUGGCACUAGUCCCACUACUGGCACUGGUCCCAAGACUGGCACUAGUCCAACAACUGGCACCGGUAAAACCACUGGAACGGGUCCAAAGAUUGGCGCUAGUAAGACUACUGGGACUGGUCCUACGACUGGCACUGGUAAAACUACUGGGACUGGUCCAAAGACUGGUACUGGUAAAACUACUGGGACUGGUCCAAAGACUGGCACUAGUCCAACGACUGGCACUGGUCCAAAGACUGGCACUAGUCCAACAACUGGCACUGGUCCAAAGACUGGCACUAGUCCAACAACUGGCACUGGUAAAACAACUGGCACUGGUCCUCAGCCAGCCGCUCAGGUUGCACCCACUUCACCCUGCUCGCGACCCCUAAAUGGUAAGAGUAAUCGAUUCAAGCAGUAAUAAAGAUUAAAAUAAUUAUUUAUAAUGACGAUGAUAUAAAAAAAUAUGAUGAUCCAAGUAUUAUUACAAAACAUCACUGAAAAUAUUUUUUUAUGCUGUCCAAUAUAACGAGUGGGUUUUUUUUUAUUUCUGGUUGAGUAACGAAAUGGAAAUUAUUCCAAUGUUUACAUUUAGUUUAUUUCCCACUUCAGUUUAUGUGAUAAUAGUCGCCAAUGAUUUGAAGAAAACGCAAAAUGCUUACCGAAGAGUCCACGGCUCCCCUGACCUAAGACUGGAUGAUCACAUGAUGUGCGAUGCUCAAAACUACGCUCAGAAAAUGGCCUCUAAGGGAGUCUUGGAGCACCAAUCGAGUGCAAUUCUCGCACGACGAGGAGUUGGAGAGAACAUUGGAAUGUCCUGCGUUCCUGCUCGAAAUGGUCCUUUGACCUACUUAAAAGUACAAAAAAUGGCAAGGAAUGUAGCUAAACGCUGGUAAGAGUUCUUCUUACUACUGCUUUGUCCAGUAAAUCGAAGAGCUAAAAGUUAUGUUGUUAACGUUUUUCAGUGUAUGGAUCCUUCAACGAUGAAAUUAAAAAAAAUCAUAUUUUAAACUGAAACAAAUUAAACAUAGUUGAUACUCAAAGAUCAAACCAAACAAUAACCAACAACAAAUUCUUUAUAGGUAUGAUGAGGUAUGUCAGUACAACUUUGACCAGCCAAAUUUCAACUCCGAUACGGGACAUUUUACCGAAGUCGUGUGGUCUGGAAGCAGAAAGCUUGGAGUUGGUUACUCUGUCGGAAGAAACAUCAAAUUUCCUGGAUAUGUCUGUGUUUACGUAGUGGGACGGUACAGUCCUGCUGGAAACAACAUAGGACCACAAAAUCUAAGGAAUAACGUUAGGAGAGGGAACUUCAACGGUUCAUACUGCACACCAAAGAUAAAGCCACCUGCCUUUACCCUAGUUCCUCUUUAUAAGAGAAACCGCUUUGGUAACAAAGCUUUUUACAAUAAACGAGGUUAAGACCAAGUUUAACUGACCAUUAAGUCGACACAUACUGUAUUCCAAAUAAUAAAAAACAAGAAUUCGUAGCAGAAGUGUGUAGGUUUUUACUAAUACUGGUGUUGGAAAUUAAAAAAAUAUAUAUAUAUAUAUAUUUCUGGGGUAUUUGAAAACGGUGUCAUUCAUAACUAUCAUUGUGGGCGUCUUUGUUGUACAUUCAACUUAACUACUUCACAGAGAAGGCGCAAAAAUGUUCUAUAUUUGAUAUUAUUUUAAUAAUUAAGGAAUCGAUUGAUCGAUCGCAGAUCGAGACUUUAGGUUCGUUGUAGCCCCUGCCAAGGUCAUUGUGGUCUGGUAUUUUACUUCCAGAAUAAUUCAACUAAGCCAUCUUAGAGUAUAAGUGAGUGACAAAAGCGUCAGAGACACCUAAAAUUGUAAUGGAAUUUCACCUGAAGGAGUAAUGGAGAUGACGCUAUUGCAAAUAUGACAUAUCGAUAGUUAAUACUAAAGAUACUUAUCAUAUCAGUGAUUCCAAUAAUGAUAGAAAAGAAGGAUCCCCUAGAGGAAACUUCCUGAGAGUUACAGUUUGACUUUAAAUUUGAAUAGACGUCAUAAUACCCCUCACAAGCCGAACCCUCAUUAUUGCCUGUAAGAGAAUAGAAGACAGGAACAAAAAGCUUACUUGCUUCCGGGCAAACAAGGCAAAUAUGCAACUCCCACAUCAUAAGUAUAGCUUAAAUUAACGAGGGUAUUGCUAAUGGAACUUACAGAUUUUUCGUGCAAAUCGUAUUCCAUUGAAACAAAGUUAACAACAUGUUAUUUAUGAAAUAAAAUCACUC